UAGGGCUUUUCAACACUUUAGUACAACACAAUGCUUCGUAAAUGAUUUCAACAAUUGAAUAUACAGUUUGUACGGUAAGAAAAUGAUGAUGCUUUGUUUUUGUACUAAAGCCUACGUGUUGCAAAAGCUGUGCAAAUCUGCUCGUCGACGGAUGCUUAGUGUGCCUUGAGUGGUGGCAACAAAAACAACCAAUUAGCGUGAAAAGCGAGAGAGAGGGAAUUUGACUGAAAGAGAAUCGCGCUUUUGCUGCUUCUUCAUUUCUUUCGAGUGUGACACUACAACUCUAUCUAUUGUAGAAGGAAAGGAGAGAUAGAGAUCGAGGACUAUUGACGCGAUGGCGACUGCUGGUUUAUCAGGUGACCGCUACACCACUGGGAGCGGCCCCAAGGUAUCGACGAAGAUCAUGUUUGCAGACGAUGUAGAUUCCGAUGAUGAUUCAUUCGGAGGCACCUUUGGAGACACCAUCAAGACGGACGAAGUCAAGUCUCAGCUGACAGAGCGAUCCAUUAACUCCACAGAGGAGACAAAGUCUGUCUUUGCGCGAGCCUUUGGACGGGUCGUCAAUCCAUUGAUUCAGGUGGUAGAUCUGGAUGGGGUUAUUCGACAAAUUGACCUCAAUGAUGUCAUCAGCCGUGUCAACUUUAACGACAUUGUGGAUACUGUCGAUUGGAACAAUCUUGCUGAGCAGGUGGACUUUGAUGCUAUCUUUGCUAGGGUUGACGUCAAUGCACUUGUGGAGAGAAUCGAUGUCAAUGCUGUCAUCGAGAGAUCCAAUCUCAAAUCCAUCAUUGCCAGAUCCACUACCGGAAUCUGUUUUCUCGCUCUGGACUCCAUUCGCGCCAUGUGUAUCAAAGGAGACCAAAUCGUACAGCGCAUGGGGCGUUGCGUCCAGUGCUUCUGGUGGCGAUCAGACUAUGGAAAGUGGCUUCUCCCUCCUUUGCCUACCGUAACACCCAUCUCAGAUACCAGAAAACGACGUGACGAUCGCAAACUCCGUGCUUCUAUGGAGUGCCCCAAAAAAUCUUCCCAUUUGGCGAUUGCUGUGCAAGGUCGAAAUGCCGGUGUGUGCACCCGGUUCGUGGCCUUUGGUAUUGACAAAGGAAUUGCCAUUGGAGUUGGUAUGCUCUUCAUGCUAAUCUUUCGACGACUCUACGAAACGUGGGAGUCGGUCCAACCAGCUACCACCCCACCGCAAAUCGACAAAACAUUGAACGAUACUCUUAUUGCAUGGGUCGUUGGGAACCAACUGAUCAAAGGAGAGCUCACUCUGGGCGAGCUACAGAACACGCUUUAUGAGAUGCAAGUUACUGAAGUAGAAACGGAACAACGGAGAGAAGUGUUCCUUGUGGUGGGUCUGCCGAUUCUUGUGAUUCUUCUGUUUGGCUUCAUUACAGAUGCAUUCUGCCUAAUGGUGGUUGGUAGGACCGUCGGAAAGGUUGUGAUGGGACUGAUGGUCCUGAACUCCCAUGGUGGAAAGGUGGCACAUCUCACUCCCUUCCAAGCCACAUCCCGUGCCUUUCUCACGAACCUCGGCAUUCCGGCCGUGGCUGGUGCGUUUGUUUCGUGGGUGCGAGAAGACCGCAGAGGAAUCAUUGAUAUAUGUUGCAGUACAACUGUGGUCUAUGCUUGGGACGCCAAGAGGUACCGUCUUGCAGAGGAUGACUUUGCCAAAGACAUGCCAAUAUUUGGCGAUCUGGAAUCACAGCGAUCCAGCAAUGAAAGCAGCAGAAGUCAUAGAAGCAACGGUGUCGAACAACCCGAAGCUGGGAUCCUCCGACGCAUGAGCUUUAGGCCUCGAAAGUAUAAACCGAACAAGGAUACAGAGACCCUCAUGAUCUCCGUGCCAACUGAAGCCAUGGCGGGCGAGAGGAACAGCAUCGGACGCGCCAGUAAUGGCGAAGGUACUUUCGGCGGUACCACCUUCUAAGUUAUUGCCGCUACGAGUCGAGUCGACGGUGGGUCAUCUCCGAGCUGCUGCGCGAAGACACAGCGCAUUACGUGGUUGACAAUCAAAGAGCCUUGUCCGGCACGUGCUGCACUUGUGGAUCAUGGUGAUGAUGGCAAGCUACAAGUCAAACCUUUUUUGCCUGACGGUUGUAUUUCCUAGCUACAGGGUGAAUGCUCUGCUUGUUGGGGUCUGGUUGAUAUACUACAUGGGGUUGUACCGUACUAGUGACCUGUAAUCUUAGCGAAAAUGUGCAAGGCACGCUGUGUCAAGCUGUGUUGGGAAAAGAUGCAACGUUGUUAUAGUGUAACGGAUACCUAAAUAUUACUUACUGCUC